CUUCACAGCUCGAAAUGGAAGAACUGUGUCUUAUGUAAUGCUUUCUCUUGGAAAGGGCUGACAGGGCUGUGAUGCUCCAGUCUCUGAUUUCCAGAAAAACUGUGCAACCCAGCCCUUGGCCCAAGGGUGCCGGGGGGCCAUCCCUGUUUCCCUGUGAACGAUCUCUUUAGGCAGGUCUGGUGUUGCCUUAGGAACAGAUGGUGGUUUCUAUUCAGAGAGCUGAACUAAGCUUUCUUCAUACUUGGUGGCCAUCCUUGGAAACAUAUUGCCCUUCUUUAGUGAUGCAUGAUGGCUCUGUUUGUCUUCAGUGACCUUCUGGAUCGUCUUUCUUGAGGCUUCCAGCCAUAUUUAUAAGGAAUAUUGUGAUACAGUGCAGUUACACUUUAACAUUCAGAUUGAAAUGUCUUGGCUGUUCGUGCUGCAUUAACCAGCUCUGAGGCGUUGGCUUGUUCCGCUGUCUGAUCCCGCAGUGAUGCCAUAAUACUGAAUUUUGGACUGCCCUGUACAUUGCCAUGGCAACAGACUGAUGUCACACGCUCAAGGACAUGACUUCAGUGUACGAUCAUGCAGAGGCACAAUCAGAUUUGUGGAGGAGAAAGCUGACUAAUGCACAUCUCAAAAGCAAACAAGGGGAAUGCAGGUUACAGCUGACCAAGCAAGGUGCCUCAGUACGAAAACUCCCCGCUUAAAGAAGGUGCUGAUCAUGUCUUUAAGACAGGAACAGUUGUCUUGUUUUUAGGUGGCAGAGACACGGUGAAGCUCUGUGUGGGGCAAGGAGAGCUGAUGGGGGAGCCUGGGGUGUGACCCAGGAUGGACUGGCUGUGACGGCGUGCCUUAGCUGGAGAGGUAGUUACCAUGAAGAGUUCCUGCAGAGCUGGCCUCCACAGGGAACCGCUGAAUUCCACAUCCUCCACCUUCCACCAGGUCAAACGGGUCUCUGGUAUGCACUUAAAGCCAUAUCUCAAGUUACAGAAGAAAGAGCGAUCCCCAGAAAUAAGCCAGGAUUCCCUGCGAGGCCACCAGGGAUCAGCACAAGGAGAAAAAUACACCACCUGCACCAAACUGAGCGUUUUCCCAAAACCCUCCCUCGUGACUCCAUCUCAAAAGCUUCUGGGGAUUAUUUAUCCAAAUACUAUGUGCAAUAUGAACGGGAAAGGUCCAGCGGAUGGUCCAAGUGCAAGGGAAAAGAAGAACGCCCUGUCUGCAACGAUCCACCAGGGAGAGGAAGGGGAAGGGCCUCUGGAUGUCUGGGCCGUGGUGAAACCUGGCAACACGAAGGAGAAAAUCGCCUUCUUCGCGGCCCAGCAGUGCAGCAGCACCAGCCGGGUGGGCUCCAUGAAAAUCAAGAGCACGUGGGACAUCGACGGGAGGACGGCCAAGCGCAGGAAAAAAUCGGUGGACCUCAAAAAAGCCAAAAUCCAACUGGAAAGGAUGAGGGAGGCCAAUGCCAGGUGCUCCCAGCCGGAGCCUUUUGCCUGUGGCAUCGAGCACUGCUCGGUGCACUACGGGAAUGACAGUGGAGAGGGGGCGUUCCCGGGCCGGUCCCUCUCGGUGAUAGAGAUGGUGGCUUUCCUGGAGCAGCGAGCGAGUGCUUUGCUGGUGGAUUGUGCUAAAACCUGCACGGCUGCCCCUGCCACGAGGCCGAGCGCUCAGCCCAAGGGGGCCCUUCCCAGCUCCGACCCUUUUUCCUCGGCCGGGGCGUGCGAGGUGCACGCGGAGCAGCAGGGCGAGCCCGUGCGCGUGCUGGACAUGGUGGCCAAGCUGGAGUCGGAGUGCCUGAGGCGCCAGAGCGAGCGGGAGGCCGGGAGCCUCUCCCGGAACAACAGCUUCCGCAGAAACGUCGGGAGGGUGCUCCUGGCCAACGGCACCCAGCCCGAGGGAGAGGCGGGGAAGGGGGUGCCGGGGGUUCUGGCUCAGGGGGAUGGCUUGGGGGAGGCGGGGGUGGCAGAGGCUGGAUACGGAGGUCGUUGUGGUGCUCUGGGUGACGCCGAGUUGUGGGAUGGCGGCGCCUCUGCUCGGCGGCCUUUUCCUUCGGGGCUGGAUACCCGGAUGGGGAAUGUGAAUUCGGGACUUGCUCACGCGGUGCUGGCGAUGGCAGCCGGCAGGAGCGACACCGAGACACGGAUUGAGCCUCCCAGAGCUCUGCUGUCCUCGUGUCCAGCUCCUGCUGCCAGGCUGCCACCGGAUCCCUUGCAGAGCAAAAACGCGACUGUUGAUUGUACGUCGAAGGAGCCUGUGAUUUUCCCAAAGCAGAGCCUGCAUCCUGUGAGGAAGGAGCCCUUGUGUAUCAGUAUAUCCGUCACCAAGACCGAGAAAGGGUGCAGGAAAGAGAAGCUCUCCAACUCCAGUUCUAGUGAGGAUUCGCUCCCGGGGAGGCUGUUUUUCCUCCAGGACGACCAGCCUGCUGCUCACGAGCAACAGCCACUGCGGGAAAGUACCCAAGAGAAGCCAGGAGAAGUAGCCCAGAAUGAGGAUGAGGAUGCUUUGGCAUCCGGCAGGUUGUGUGUCAGGAGCAGUGUCCCUACAGAGCCAUCGGCCCCCUCUGUCCCUCCCACAGAAGGGGCCUUGCAAGUACUUGACGCUUCCUGCCUGAAAAGGCAGGUUUCGCAUGACUUUCUGGAGACCAGGUUCAAAAUCCAGCAGCUUCUGGAGCCUCAGCAGUAUAUGGCCUUCCUGCCUCACCACAUCAUAGUGAAGAUCUUUGGGUUGCUCCCUACCAGGAGCCUGGUGGCCCUGAAAUGCACUUGCUACUACUUCAAGUUCAUCAUCGAGUACUACAACAUCCGGCCGGCGGACUCGCGCUGGGUCCGGGACCCCCGGUACCGGGAGGACCCCUGCAAGCAGUGCAAGAAGAAGUACGUGAAGGGGGACGUGUCGCUGUGCCGGUGGCACCCCAAACCCUACUGCCAGGCCCUGCCCUACGGGCCUGGCUACUGGAUGUGCUGCCACCGGUCCCAGAAGGGCAUCCCGGGCUGUAAGUUGGGUCUCCAUGACAAUCACUGGGUCCCCGCCUGCCACAGCUUUAACCGCGCCAUCCACAAGAAGACCAGAGGAGCGGGAGCCGAAGUGGAAGAGGAAUAUUAGUGCACAUACACUUUUCCUGCGAGAUUGUUUGGGGUAGGAGGAGAUUCUCAUGCCUUGUGCUGUUUACAGUGUAUAUAAUUGUCGUGGUUAUUUUUUUUUUGUUUUGUUUUGUUUUCCACAGGGCUAUGAAACUGCACAUACUCAAACACAAGAGCCUUUACCUUUUAGAUUAAAGAGAGCUUUUAGUCCAUCUCUGUAAAUAACACUAUAAAAAAACCCCUAAUUGUACAUACAGAGUCUACAGCUGGCUGAACAAGGUAACCCCCUACAAUGCAGCUAUCCCAGUGUUGCGGCUAUAGGUGUGUGUGUUUUUAAGUGUCUUGUUUCAAAAUCUGUAUAUUCCGCAUAAUAUAUGAAUGUUUCUGAGAAGAAACUCUAAAUAGGUAAAGGUCAACUUGUUUAAAGAAGCUGCAGACAACUUAACUGGACAACCUGAAACUUAGACUAUAGAACAGACCCAUUAUAGUAGCGUGGCAGUGGAUUAUAAAAAUAAAAAAAAAAAAAGAGAUGAAUAUUAUUGUAUAGUCAGAAUAUAAAAAAAAAAAAUUCUUGUCUACCUUACCCAUGUUGUCUGGUUUGGUUUUUUUUUUUGGUUUUUUUUUUUUUUUUUAAAAAAAAAAAAACGUGCAUUCUAGAUCUGCCUUACCAGACUUUCUCUUGUAAGACUUUUGCCCCGAAAUAAAAAUGCUGUAAAACACGU